CUUUAAUAAUUUCUCAGAUUUCCCUUGGACUGCUGUAGCAAUCAUCGAUUGACACCAUGUCCCACGGCGAAAAUAAGACACCGCAUGUGCUUCAUGAGCAACCCGAAUCACAGCACACACUGAUCCACCAUCAGGGAAGAAGAAAUGCAGCAUCUCCCAAGCCUCGCGCCUCGGAAGUCCCUACGCUCCGCUACAGACACCGUGCGCUCUGGAUCCUGGCCUUUUACGUCCCGCUCCUCGUGGUACCCUGGGCACUAACCUGCGUGCUGACUUACCAUCCGGUGGGCCUGCCUUCAUACGUCCAAACCGUGUUCACACAGAGCAACCUCUCAACACAGCGACGCGUUGUAGAUGUACUUGCGGUGCUCAACUCGGUCGUGAGCAUCGUCACGAUCCCGCUCAUUUCGGCGUUGCUCGCCCAGGCCGCCGUCGUCUUUACGCAGCGGCGCGGCAAGACGCAAAGCGUCAGUGUGCGCCAGACAUUUGCGCUCGCAGACGCCGGAUGGUCGAAUCCAAGCAUCCUGCUUGAGUCCUGGCCGCCGUGGAAAACACAUGCUGCGGGCAACGCAACGCAGUCGGGAUGGUCCGGGUCUGGCAGCGGGUUCCUGUGGCUGGCGGCGCUCUUCCUCUUGCUCUGCAGUGUCCAGCAACCUAUCCGCGAGGGCUUCGUGUCGACAGAGCGCGUGUUGGUGAUGACGACGGGAGACAAUCCCGCGGCUUCAGACACCUUGUUUGGCAAAGCCAGGCGAUACAUGUCGCUUGGAUACGACGCGGAGCCCGCCGACAUCGCUAUGAUACCCGAAGGCGUGGUGGUGCAGCAGUUGGAGAAAUCACUGGCUUCGCUUUCCAUGGCCGAGGUCCCUACGCAUCUGUGGCCGGACUUGCAGAACCCUUCGCCCUUUGAAUUAUCAAAUGCCCCGUAUUUGAAGCAGUUGGGGCCCUGGGCCCGCCCCGAUACCGGGUUUUUUGUCGCCGCGUUGCCCAACGGCACGACGACUGGGGUUCUGCGGCAGCGGGCGAUGAGACUCAACUCGACGGUGCGAUGUACUAUGAUUGAGAAGUCUGUGUUUCCCUCGAUCUGUGAAGGCCAGGCCCCGUUUACCGCUUCUUUCAGAAACGAAUCGGCCCAGUUUGGCGUCCGCAUCUGUGUUCCCGGGCAACGGGGCAAGUUUCCAUGGCGGCUUUCUCGCAGCAGACAGGAUGCUGUUGAAGACAUCUUUGUGGAUGUGGAUACAGUUGAUGAGAAAGAGGCGCCUGUGAGCUACACGCAGCAUUGCAGUGUGAAAACCACGCGGGGAUACUUUGAGCUGGGUAACUAUCGCAACAACAACGUCCCCGGCGCGCUGCUGGACGAGUGGAUCGAGCCCGAUCCGUUUGCGAAAAACGCAAAGUUCAACGACUACCUUUCAGAGCUCUGGAGAGACGCCAAUAUCCUGGAUAUAGCCCGAAACGGGACCGCCACGCUGGUGGGCGCUGGAGGACGCUGGCGGCGGCCUUCCGACGAGGACAAACCCAGUGAUAUACGAGGGUGA